UUAUAGAAAAGAAAACCAUAUUUUCAAGGUCAAUUUUGUUUAUAGUAGAGUAAAAAUGACCUAUCUUUGAACUUUGUUCGAUCGCCAUCCUGUCACAGUGCAAUGAUUCAUUUUAAUGCAACGUAUUUUUAUUUUGUGUGACAAUGUCGAGUACAGAUGCACGUGUAGUAGUUGUUGGCGCGGGUGCUGCUGGUCUGUCUGCUGCUCACCACCUGGUACAGAAUGGAUUUAGUAAUGUUAUAGUAUUAGAGGCUACAGACAGAAUUGGCGGAAGAAUUCAUACAGUAGAGUUUGGAGAUGGUAUUAUAGAACUUGGUGCGAACUGGAUACAUGGGACUGGCAAAGACAAUUCCAUGUAUACACUUGCCAAAGAGAAAGGAUUGAUCAUGGAACCAUAUGUAUUUCUGGACAGCGAGAAAGAAAAGACGUUAACUGAAAGGGGUAGCGAAAUUGACAAACUCACCGUGAAAAAGGCUUGGAAAAUAAUUGAAAAAAUCGAAGACGAACUUGAGGACGGUAUCAGGUUUAAAAAAGAUUUAAAUUGUCAAGACUACAUAGAAAAACGUUUUACAGAGGAAAUAGACAAAAGAAAGUUAAACGACGAGAAGAAAACACAUCUGCUGAUGUUUUGCAAAAUAAUGAGCGGAUAUUUAGGUACAUACGUAGGAGAUGAUUUGAAACUAGCUUCAGCAAAUUGUUACGAGAUGGGAGGUGAAUAUGACGAUGAUAAUGACGUCAUUCUGUCACAUGGAUACUCUCUUGUGUUAAAGGCUUUAAAAGACGAUCUUACAGAUAGCAGUCUAAAAUUUAAUAUGAAUGUUGUAAGCAUUCAAUGGAAAAGCGAACAAUCGACGGUUAAAGUCAUCUGUGAAACAGAAGACAAAACCAUUGAAGAAUUUAUAGCAGAUCACGUUAUUAUAACAUGUUCACUUGGACAUUUGAAGCAAUUUCACGACAAUAUGUUCCAUCCAUCUUUGCCAGAGAAGAAAAUUAAGGCAAUAGAAAGAAUGGGAUUUGGAAGUGUCGGGAAAAUAUUCCUUUAUUAUGAAAUUCCAUUUUGGCUGAAAGAAGAAAGUGGUAUUGUACUUGCAUGGGACAGCUCAGAUGAUGAUGAUGCAUGGUAUAAAUCAAUAUUCAAAUUCAGCACAAUACCGACGUGUAGAAAUGUACUAUUAGCUUGGAUACAUGGCAAAGCUUCAAAACAUAUGGAAACACUUUCUCUGAAUGAAGUUGCACGAACUUGUACAGAUAUCUUACGAAAGUUCUGGAAAAAUAAAGAAAUUCCGGAGCCAACAUUAACCCAAACGUCUUCCUGGAGUAGAGACCCCUCUUUUUUAGGAGCAUAUAGCUAUUUCGCAGUCGAUUCUCAUAAAUCAUGUAUAACAGAUAUUGCUGAACCGUUGUUUGUAGCAGAUAAACCCAUUGUGUGUUUCGCUGGAGAAGCAACUGACUCGACAUGGUUUUCGUACGCACAUGGGGCAAGAUCCUCUGGAAUUCGAGAGGCUAAUAGAAUUCUCAAAACUUACAGUGCUUCGAAAUAAAAAAAUAAUUAUACAUCCGGAUCGAGUCUAGAUCGAGUCUAUAACAACUAAUACUAAUAAUUAUGCAUGAACUUCGAUAUUGCACCUUAUAAUCAGCUUGACUACCAAAUGACAAUACGACUUUCAAAAUCCAGGCUAAGAAUAAGGCGUAUGUUCUUUAAUUCGAGAACGGACCUGCGAAUCGCGGGUAUGGUCUUGUCUCGAUAACGACCCCCUUAACAGUAUUUUGAUUCCUUACUUAUGCUCUUCCGAUUUAAAGUAUCAAAUUAAAUUUUAUGAUUUUUAUUUUAAAUUCCACCAUAAUAGUUGUUUAAAAGUUUAUCUUUUCAAGAGAUGCAAAAUCUAAAGAAAACAAAUCAGGAAACUGUUGUUUCAUGUAAUGUCAAAUUUGUUAAAAGCGCCCUUUCUGUAUUGGUAACUGAAAUAAUUAUAACCAGAGCUCUGUUUCUUGUUUUAAAAUGAAUUCUCCACUUUUGAGAAAUUUACAUUGAUAAGUAGUGUAUUUUUUUCUUCUCUCGAUUAGUUCCAAUUUGCUUCUGUUUCGCACGUUACUGAGAUGUACCCCUCUCUUCACCCCUUUUAGUUUUUGUCAUUUGGUGAAAUCAACUUCACAAAUAUAUCAUAUAAAAUAUUCAUGUCAUAAAAUAUACGUCUAAACCUCUUGACUUGUCUUAAAUUUAUUCGGUCCCAUUUCAUAAAGAGUUACGACCAUCACAAAAUUAAGUUACGACCAUCCUGAACAUUUUUGUUGUUUUAGAUCUUUUAGUUACGACCAUCAUGCUCGAAUUAUUGAAUGCCUGUUUUACGAAAUUUGGAAUGUUUUUAUGUAUCAAAUUUUGUUUCAAUAUAAACGCACUUACGAUUAGUAUGCACGAGACAAGCGGUCUGGCUCAAAAAAAUCUUUUACUGCACAAAAAUCGGAAAAGAAAAAUGUAUCCCUAGAGUUGUUUCCCAUUUUCGGAUGGUCGUAACUUUAAGUUACGACCAUCCGCUUACCACCAGUGAUUAGCACUCACACCACAUCUUCCUAUAUCUAUUUAGAAUUAAUGUUGACCAAGAUUCGUAAGGGCA